ACGGAACGGAAGCCAGAACCAGACGACAUGCGACAGACGAUGCAAGGUGCUGUGAUGCUUCAGGCAACUCUCAAAAAAUAAGUUAACUGCUCUUUCAAACUAGUCAUACAGUGAGAUUUAAGAGAGAGAUAAUUUAAAAAUGAGAGCCAAUCAAUUAGCAUUGAGCUAUGGAGCAUGUCAAGGGUUCUGGGGUGCGAAGCGUGCACAUUUUAGCACCUUGACGCGAAAGUGGUCAACAGAGUUGUUUUGUGCCCCAUGUCAAUAUUUGCAAAUGGUUAGUGGUUUCCGAACCACACUAGUCUCCCCUCACCGAAGGAAAUUUCACUCUAGUCGUCAACUUUCUGCCCUUCAGCGUCUCUCACCUCAAGAGGUUACGGACAGAUUACGUCAAAAUGAAUAUACGCAAGAAUUUAACUCCGGAGGAUCUAUGAAAUCCUUUGACUCCAACCAGCUCUCGUCCAACAAUCCCAUUGAAGACACUCGGUCUGAAGCUCGCUGCCUCUUAACUGCCGGCAUGCUGUUUGGUGUAUUUGAUGGUCAUGGAGGUGCAGCUUGUGCCCAGGUCAUAGCAAAGCGGCUUUUCCACUAUAUUACUGUUUGCUUGCUGCCUUCUGACUUGCUGCAGGAAUACCAUCAAUCAGAUUCAAACAAGAAACUCCUUGAGCCAUACAAUGACAAGUUACAGUUUUAUGAGGAUUUACAGCAGCUUUAUGAUAAAAGUUUCAAACUUUUUGUGGAGGAACUGGCAAAUGAAAAGAAACAGAAAGAGGAAUUUCAAAUGAAGGAUGCCCUAGUAAAAGCUUUUUUAAAAUUAGAUGGAGACUUGUCAAAGGAAGGGAAAUUGAGUAAUAAUGGGGAGGUCAAUAAGAGAACUUUGUCUGUAGCUAUGUCAGGUGCUGUGGCAUGUGUGGCACACAUUGACGGUCCUCACCUCCAUGUGGCAAAUGUUGGAGAUUGUCAGGCAGUCAUUGGGGUUUUAGGUGAAGGCAAUACAUGGACUGCAAAGAAAUUAACCGAUGAGCAUAAUGCAGAUAACAUUUCAGAACUUAAUCGGAUAAUCAAACAGCACCCUCCCAGUGAAAAGGAUACUGUAAUAUCAAGCGAUAGGCUUCUGGGUCAGUUAGCACCCCUUAGAGCUAUGGGAGAUUUUCGCUACAAGUGGUCUCGAGAAGAGUUAACAAAGUAUGCUGUCCCCACUUACGGUGAAAAUGUCAUAGCACCUCACUACCACACUCCACCUUAUCUAACAUCAUGCCCUGAUGUUUCUUACCAUAGGCUUCGUCCUAAGGAUAAAUUUUUAGUGAUAGCUUCAGACGGAUUAUGGGACCUAGUGUCUCCCCUCCAGGCAGUUAGACUGGUGGGAGAACACAUGAGUGGCAAGGUUACUCUUAGUCCAUUUCGAUUGCCAAAUGCGAAUAUGACUUUGAAUGAUAUUAAUGAAGCCCUUCAGCAGCGGAAAGAAGUGUUAAAGUUAAAGCCUAUCGACAAAAAUGCUUCCACUCAUCUUAUCCGAAAUGCCUUAGGGGGGUCUGAGUAUGGGCUGAGUCAUGCAAAAUUGUCACAGAUGCUCUCCCUUCCCGAAAGUAUUGUAAGACUGGUUCGUGACGAUAUAACCAUUACUGUCAUUUACUUUGAUUCAGACUAUUUGCGACACUGUCCAUUAUAAUUGUUCAGUAUUUAAGUCAAUGAUGUGAUUAUGUUAUUUUAAUUGUGUAAGCUUUAUUUGACCUGUAAAGCUUACUCAUUGAUGUGACUGAUUUUUUUGCUCCAAUAUACUCUGCUUCUAUUAA